AUGGAGCUAACUAUUACAAAACCUGAUGAUUUCCAUCUCCAUCUUCGUGACGGUGCACUUCUUGAAGCUGUAGCCCCUCACAGUGCUAAACAUUUUGGAAGAGCUAUAAUCAUGCCCAAUUUGAAACCACCUAUCACCACCACAUCUUCCGCUAUAUCUUAUCGAGAAUCAAUUUUGAAAGCAAUACCUAAAACUUCCAAUUUCAAUCCUCUCAUGACACUUUACCUCACUGAUACUACAACUCCUCAUGAGAUUCAAAUCGCAAAAAAAAGUGGAUUUGUUUAUGGUAUAAAGCUAUAUCCUGCUGGUGCUACAACAAACUCUCAAGAUGGUGUUACAGAUCUUUUUGGAAAUUGUUAUUCUGUUCUUGAGGAAAUGGUUGAGCAAGGUUUACCAUUAUUGGUUCAUGGAGAGGUCACAAAUCCAGAAGUUGAUGUUUUUGAUCGGGAAAAGGUCUUUAUUGAAACAAUUUUAGAGCCUUUAGUUCAAAGGCUUCCGCAAUUGAAGGUUGUGAUGGAGCAUAUUACUACCAUGGAUGCCGUUAAGUUUGUAGAGUCUUGCAAAGAAGGUUAUGUAGCCGCAACUGUUACACCUCAGCAUAUUCUUCUCAAUCGAAAUGCUUUGUUUCAAGGUGGCUUACAACCUCACAAUUAUUGUCUUCCCGUGCUUAAAAGAGAGAUCCACAGACAGGCUAUUGUUUCAGCUAUCACUAGUGGAAGCAAGCGAUUUUUCCUCGGAACUGAUAGUGCUCCACAUGAUAGGCGUAAUAAGGAAUGUGCUUGUGGAUGUGCUGGCAUUUACAACUCCCCGGUUGCUCUAUCACUAUAUGCUAAGGUUUUUGAAGAGGCUGGUGCACUGAACAAUCUGGAGGCUUUUACAAGUUUUAAUGGACCUGACUUCUAUGGCAUCCCCAGAAACAAGUCAAAGAUUAAACUGAGGAAAUCACCUUGGAAAGUACCCGAGUGUCUGUCAUUUCCUUUCGGAGAUAUUAUUCCCAUGUUUGCCGGUGAAACACUUGAUUGGGAGGCAUUGCCUAUUUGA